AUCUCCCACAAUGCCUGGUGGUUUAUUUGCAGCUGAUCGCAAAUAUUUUUUUGACGUCGGUGCCUACGAUCCAGGAAUGGAUGUGUGGGGAGGCGAAAAUUUAGAAAUCUCUUUUAGGGUCUGGAUGUGUGGAGGUAGCCUUGAGUUCAUUCCAUGCUCAAGAGUAGGUCACAUUUUCCGUUCCAGUCAUCCUUAUACAUUCCCAGGUAAUAAAGACACUCAUGGUAUAAACUCUAUGCGGCUGGCAGAGGUGUGGAUGGACGAAUACAAGAGAUUAUUUUAUAUGCACAGAAGAGAUCUGUUG